AUGGGUGAAGAACAGACCCGUAUUGACUCGAGUCUCACGCGCCGUCGAUUCUCAAUUGUUCGAGAACCAAAGUGUCCGUGUGAAAUUCCCUUUAACCAAACGAUCACUUGCCCGUUUUCUUCUGUUCCAGGGAACGGGUUUUCAAGGGGACCCCUGACCAACGUCCAUCAAGGCGAUGCACUUCUCAAGGAGAGGGACGACGUGAUUUCAAAACUGGGGAGCGAAAUCGGCCGCCUUUCCGCCUUUGAGAGCGAGUGCAGCCGCAAAGACUCACUGAUUGCUGAGCUCCAAGCGGAGAUUGUGGCCUUGAAUGACCGGCUGGCGGCGCCGAAAGCAGAGUUUCAGCAGAAGUUGGCGGGACUCGAGCAAGAAGUAGUUGCAAAGGCCGAAGAGAUUAAAGCUUUGAGAGAGCAGAUCGACAACUUGCAGAAAAACACCAGCGAGGUCUUAUACCAUUCCCUUUCUGAGCGGGAUUUGCAGAUUGCGCACUGGAAGAACGAGACAGAGACGCUGAAGAAGAGCUAUUCCCUGACUACAGGUGCGUUUCGCAAUAACGCCGAAGGAGCGCUGCGGGAAGAGUGCAUAUGGAGAUUGCAGCAGCUGCAAGAAAUGGGGCGCCGGGAGCGGCUCAUCAGGUCGGACAUGGAUCUGGCUGUGACACAGAUUGUAGAGAAGAUCAAGCACAUCGAAGCCACGAAUGCAGAAUAUUGCCGGAAGGAAAUGGAGCUGAGGGAGGAGAUGCGCGUCAAAAGAUCCGAAAUGGAGCAAGUGUCCGAAAACAUUGAGAGGUUGAAGAAAGCCUUGGAAGGAGUUCAGGAUUUCUUGCAAACUCCCUACUGCAGCCACAGUUUGCAGAAGAAGGUCUUCGAUCUUCAGAACAUCAACCUGACCCCACCGGCUUCGGACGUCCAAGCCGCAUCGGUCCAAAUCCUGGGCGGUUUGUUGAACUGGGUGGACGCGAUGGAAGGCCUCCUUCAGGACUUGGAGUUGGAUCUGCCCGCCUGUGAAAAAGGAAUGUCCUCCUACAUAAAGGAGCUGCGGGACCAUCACCACCACACCAUGGCCCGGCUUCAGACGAUUGAGGCAUCUCAGGAGACCUUCCUGCAGGAGAAGCUGAAGGAGCUGAAGGACCAACUCCAGGAGGAGUUUCAAGGCAAAGAGAAGGACCUUCUGGAAGCUGAGAAGGAGCACCAAAAGGUUUUGGAGGAGAUGGUUGCCCUGGAAGAAGAGAAAUGGAAGGAUGCCGUUGAGGAAGAAAAGAAGAAGGUCAAAGCUCUGGAAACUCAAGUGAAACAAUUGGCUGAGGUAAUAGAACAGAAAGGCAAAUCAGAGACAAUGUUACAUACCAGGAUAAUGGAGACUCUGGAGGACUUCGAAGCAGCUCAGAGAAGAAAGACGUUUGCAGAAGAGAAGCUCCUUGUCUACGAGAAGCGCCUGAAAAGCCUGGAGAACGAGAUGAAGUCACAGACUCGGAAGCAUCUGGAAGAGAUAUCGGAGUACAAGGAGCAAGUCAAGCAACACUCCCAAACCAUUGUGCAUUUGGAGCAGAAGUACAUGGAAGCUGUCCAGCACAUGGAGAAGGCGAGAGAGGAAAACGGGAAGCUUUCACAGCAAAUAGAAGAAAUGCAGAAGGUGCCUUGCAAAUCUUAUUUGCCUGAGGCCACGUCUCCAGAAAGGUUCCACGUCUUCUUGAAGAAAGAAUUGGAAGUUGCCAAGCACCGAAUCCUGUCCGACGAGGUCGUCAUUGCAGAAUUGAAGAAGGAGCUCUCAGAAGCCCGGGCCAGAGUCUCCGAUGCAAUUGGGGAACUCAGCGAGAAACAGAAAAUGGAGCUGGAGCAGAAGCGGAGUGUGGUCCAGAAUCAACUCCAUGAGAUCAGCCAUCUUCAGGAGGAGCUCCUCAAGAUGAGGACUCUUGUGGGCCAGAAGGACACCGACCUCCAAGUCGUCAGGGAAGAAUUACGGAACAUCCGAGAGAAGCUGAAAACGGCGACAAAGGAGAGAGACGGGCAGCACAAGGGGGUCCAGACAGAAGCCCCCCCGGUGGAGGACGCAGCCGGAAAGGGACCGGUCUUGGCGUUGUCUGACCUGGGACUGCGAUGCAAGGGCUCCCGGCACGAGGAGACCAUCCAGCGCCAAAAGGAGGCCCUGGCGGAGCUGCGGCAUCUGGUCAAGGCCCUCGAAAAGGCCUGCCCUUCGGAUUCCGAAGAAAGGAAGCCGGAGGCUGUGAUCGUCUGCAAGAAAAUCUCUGCCGAGAAGAAAGAGCAGAAAACAGAGAAAGAACCAGGGACGGGUGUGGUGACAACCGCAGACACCAACAAACUGCAAAGCCGAGUAGACCCUAACGUAACCAUUGAGCGGACGGCAAGGCUGGAAAUGGCUGAUGCGCUGGACCUGAGUGAGAACAUGUAUCUCAACGUGAUGCGGGAUCUGGCCAAUCUGGCGGACGUGAAGGAGCUGGCGGGGGCGAGGACGGUCAUGCACCUCCCGCACGAUGAAAGGGAGAAGCUUAAGCUUCUGCGGCAGAAGGACCUCCAGCUCCUCUGCAGGAAGAUCGGCCAGAUGAAGACCCGCCUGGAGAGGAAGGAGUCGCUGCUGAAAGAGUACGAGAAGGACGUCGGGAAAUUCAGGGCCAAUCAUCAGACGCUGAGAGCCUGCCAGUCCGAAAUUGCCAAAUUGGGGGACCGGAUCUAUCAGGAGAAGGAGGAGAAGGCCCUGCUGAAAGAAGCCCUAGAGCGGACGAGGCUGCAGCUGAUCCAAGAGCGUCGGCUGAACCGGACCCUGAAGCAUCAUCACAAGGCGGCAACCCCGAAGAAGACAUUCCCCGAAAGCCCAAAAACCAUUGAAAGCAGAGAGAAAAGAGUUCCUUCCAAGGCGAAGGAGAGCGGGGUGACCCUGUAAAUAGAGACGUUUUAUAUACAAA